AUGGCUCUUAAUACUCCACAAACCCUUGUUCGUUCACGUUCUUCCUCAUUCAACGGUUCUCUUGAACCAAAAAUUCUUAGACCCUUUGACGCUGGUGAAAUUAAAAUUUUGCUACUUGAAAAUAUUAAUCAAAUUGCCGUGGAAUUGCUCACGAAAGAAGGAUAUCAGGCAAGUAAUGUUAAUUAUUAUCUACACGUCGAGAAUUUUCUUUAUCUGUUUAUUGCAAAAAGUAACGAUGUGAUCAACAAUUGCUCUAUCCAGGUGGAGCAACAUGCUAAUGCUCUUUCGGAAGCAGAACUCAUUGAAAAAAUUCGGGAAGCACACGCGGUUGGUAUUCGCUCAAAAACUAAAAUGACAAAAAAAGUUUUAUUGGAAGCAAAGAAACUUUUGGUUAUUGGUUGUUUUUGCAUUGGUACAAAUCAAGUUGACUUGGAAACAGCAGCGAAACAAGGAAUCUCGGUCUUCAACUCACCUUUCAGUAAUAGUCGAAGCGUUGCCGAGCUCGUGAUUGCUGAAAUAAUCGGAUUGUCACGUCAAUUGGGUGAUCGUAACAACGAGAUGCAUCGAGGUGACUGGAAUAAGGUUUCGAGUAAAUGCUAUGAAAUCCGCGGAAAGAAACUCGGCAUCAUUGGGUACGGUCAUAUAGGUGCUCAGCUUUCCGUACUAGCGGAAGCGAUGGGCAUGACAGUAUAUUUCCAUGACAUAAUCCAAAUAAUGCCACUCGGAUCCGCCAAACAAUUGGGUAGCCUCUAUGAGCUACUGGAAUGUGUUGAUUUUGUGACCAUACAUGUGCCAGAAACUCGAGAAACAAAAAACAUGAUUGGUGAUUCGGAAAUUAAAAUCAUGAAGCCUGGAAGCUAUCUGAUAAAUGCGUCCAGGGGUACUGUUGUGCAGAUCCCGGCAGUGAUUAAAGCGCUAAAGAAUAAGCAUUUGGCGGGCGCAGCGUUAGAUGUGUUUCCACGUGGCUCUACAGAAGAAGCACAGCGAAUGAUCGGCAUCGAGGUGGCAGGGUUCCUUACAAAAUACAUUAAUAAUGGAACAUCAAUUGGCGCUGUCAAUUUUCCAGAAGUAGAUCUUCGUGCUAUUCCAGCAGCCACGCAAAAUUCAUGUCGUUUGUUGUUUGCCCAUAAAAAUGUACCUGGUGUAUUAAAGAUUAACGAUAUUCUCUCCGAUCAUAAUGUCGAGAAACAAUUCUCUGAUUCGCGUGGAGAAAUCGCUUACUUGAUGGCCGAUAUCUCGAAUGUAACCUAUGAGGAAAUUCGAAAAAUUUACGAAUAUGUAAGCGCUACAAAGGCUAAUAUAUUAACAAGAAUUGUCUACUAA